GUAAUGGUGGACCCCACCAGUCAGAGUCCGCUCGCUCGCGAGGGAGCGCCCGUCAAUCAAUCUCAAAUAUAACUUCAGGGAAAACUCUAGAAUCCAUUCUAAAACCCUAGACCUCGCCCCCCGCCGCCGCGAUGCCGCCCGGCGCCGACGCCUCCUCCCUGGCUGCGGCCGUCCUGGACGCCGCCACGCCCCCGGCCGCCGCCGCCGCCGUGUCCAGGGUGCUCGACUACCUCGCCCGCCACGCCGCCGACCACCCGCGCGCCUUCGUCGCCGACGCCUUCCCCUCCCUGCUCUACCGCCUCUUCGUCUCCUCCCCCGCCUCCCCCUCCUUCAUCGACCUCGGCGCCGCCGACCCCGCGCUCGCCGACCUCCUCCGAGCCCUUCUCGAUCCCUCCGGCGCGCUCCUCGCCGCCGCCGACCGCCUCGCGCUCAUCCGAUUCGUCUUCCCCUCCGAGCGCCUCCCGGACUGGCUCCGCCUCGUCCUCGCUUCUCCCCCCUCCUCCUCCACCGACCUGGUCUCGCCGCUCCUCGCCGGCCGCGUCGGCUCCGAGCUCCACCUCUCCGUCUUCGAGUACUACCUCUUCUGGUUCGCCUACUACCCCGUCUCCUCGUCCUCCGCACCCGCAUCCACCUCUAAUCCUGCGUUCAAGUCGCGCUCCCGACUAGAGAGCUGGGUCUCCACUCUCGCCACCACCGCCAUCCGCAAGCCGGGUCAGAAGCCCGAGAGCUCCCUGUAUCUGAAGCUGCUCUAUGCCUACCUCAAGGAGUUCCUGCCAACUGCACGCACACCCCUGCGUCGUGCAAAUGGCAGCGGCACUCUUCUUCACCGGUCAGCCAGUGAUGGCGCGGCCGCUGCUGAGUCGUUCGCACGGGCUGAGUUCUUGCUUCACACCCUUGUCCAGUUCUGGCUUGUUGGCGACGACUUCUCGCCAUUGCCCGUGCAGACUUGCCGUGCCCUCAGCCUGCGACUACCUUCUCGUGCUCGUGCUGAAUUGAGUGAGCGCCCACCAUCGCCAGGCCUGGGCGAUGCGGUCAAGUUGCUUGUGAUGUACCUCAACUGUUGUGACGGACGUUCCCUAGUGGAUGCACACCUGGCGUCUGAAGGAAUGCCGGUGUGGAGUGGGGUCUGCGAUACCCAGGUUGGGUUUUGGAAUCCAUUGAUACAGAGGCCUCUAUAUCGCUUUGUACUGCGGACGUUCUUGUUCUGCCCCAUUGGCACAGUGAUAAAAAAUGCAACGCAAGUCUUCUCUGUGUGGUUGGCAUAUAUGGAGCCAUGGAAGAUUACCCAACAGGAGCUGGAUGGGUAUGACAGGCAACAAGCAGGGGAGGCAAAGGAGACGCAAAAGAGCCAGCUGGUGUACAAUGCGUCCUGGAAGACUUACGUUCUGUCCAAUUACCUGUUCUACAGCUCGAUGGUAGUGCAUUUCCUGGGAUUUGCGCACAAGUUUAUCCAUUCUGAUGUUGCCUCGGUGCUCCUGAUGGUAUAUAAGGUCUUGGAAGUCUUGAGUUCCUGCCCAGAGCUAUUAGAUCUUCUACACAAAGUGGAUGCUGCUUACCAUUCUAGACUGGUUGCUUCAUCCCCAGCAUCGGAUGAUGUGUUGAAGUAUGUGCCAUCAAUCCGUGAACAGCUAAAGGACUGGGAGGAUGGUUUGUCAGAAACUGAUGCAGAUGGGUCAUUCUUGCAUGAGCAUUGGAACUCAGAUCUAAGACUUUUCAGUGAUGAUGAGAAUGGGGCUUAUAAUCUUCUUCAGCUGCUUUUGAUCCGAGCAGAGUCAGAGAUACUACGUCUGUCAGGCGACACACUUCAAGCUCUCCAGAUGUUGGAUUCUGUCAAAUCCCAGAUGAAAAGAGUCUUCCAGGGCCACAUUGAAAGGAUACACGGAAAUACGGAACUACAUAAUCAACCCCAGGGGCGUGGGGAGGUAUUCACACCUAAGCAUCCCAGCUUGGGGAAAAGUUUAUGGGCUGAUGUUAAAUACAGAGGUGACUGGAUGAAAAGGCCCAUCUCAGAGACUGAAGUGGCCUGGCUCGCGAGGAUUCUGAUCCGCCUUUCUGAUUGGUUGAAUGAUGUCCUUGGGCUUGACCAUGCUGAUGCUGAUGAUAGCGCUGCUAACGCUACCUACAUCCGGUUUGACCGCAAUGAGCUGAAUGCAGUUGGCGGGCCAAAGGAUGCUGCCAGGAUGGCCCUUGUUGCUGUAUGUUCAUUGAUGGUGCUAAUGGGACAAGUUUUGCGGAAGUUCAUGAGGUCGCACAGGGUGAAGAUCAAUCUGAGAAUUUUUGCUUCAAAAAAGUUGCUCUCAGCUGCUGUUGUGUUGUAUGCAGUGGUGGCUGUAACAAGGAAUACUUGGCGUUGAGCUCCACAUGUGCUGUUUCCAGCACCAACCAGCACAUGCAAGGCUGAUGAAGCCAUCCACGGUGAUCACUGAAACUACAAAGUUUUGAUACCAGCAGGUUAUGCUACAUAUGCUGUACAGGAAGCAAUAGGAAAAAACAUGGUAGUUAUAAAGUGUAUCACCUGUUUGGUGUGUUCUCGCGUCGUGUGUGUUGUGGGGGGAUCUUGCUGUUCUGUUACAGUACAGGCUGAUAGCCAGCGCACCUGUAAAAGAGAAAGAUUGAUAGAAACUUACACUGCAGUUAACCACUGUGCGAUGCGAUACAGGGUUUGGAGCUGUCAGAGGCUGGUGGUUCAUGAAAUGGUCCUGUUUCGGUUGUA